AGAUGGCCGAUAGUGAUGUUUGGGCUUAAUUUAUACAAUUAAUCUUAAAUAAAAACUAUUCAAGCGGUCUCAAAUUCAGAUUGUUGUGUAGUAUUUAACAUACACAUUGACGCGUCGUUUUUUACCCCACUUUGGGGUGAAUUGGUGUGCCCCAUAAAUGUGAAAUGUGAGAAAGAAUUGCCACAAAGCACGAAACUUAAAAAAGUUAAGUGUUUUUAAGUGUGCAGUGUGUGUACCAUAGUACGGAGUGUUAAUGAUGGAACCAGCUGCUCCUGGCACUGAAGACGAAGUGCCCACUUCGGUACCAACUUAUAGCAAGAAGGCAAGUGAAAACGAACGGGUUCUCUCAUUAAAAGCAAUCUUACCAAAUGGAGUCUACGGAAAUGUUUUCGAAUUAUCGUAUGUUUGUGGGGCGGAGCACUGGUAUUGUAAUAUGUGCGAAUGCCCCGUUAUGGGGCGAGUUUAUCACCACGAAAUUGGUAAAAGGCACACCAGCAACACUCAAAAUAGUGCUAAAAGGCUCCGGCAUGGUGUUGUUGCCGAACAACCACCAGUACUUAUCGCCCCCGGAGAGCCUGUACCCCCUGGAUUCGAAGGAGACAUCCAAAAAGUCGCCCAAAUUCAAGAUCGUUUAGAUAACUACAACGUGAGUCCUUUAAUUGGGCUUGAAUAUUUGUUGGAAAUUCAAGAAUACGAUCGAGAUAAAGAACCAACAUAUUUGUGUAUGUUGUGCGAUAAAAGGGGUGAUCCGAGAACGGUUAUAGCCCACUUGGUGAGUUAUAACCACAUAUGCCAAUAUUUACAAAGACAUUUUAUUAAGUGUUACCAAGCACUUUCGCCGUACAUGACAAAACAAUACAAACGAAAUUGGCAAAACACUGUAAAUAAAAUAGCCGAAGCCGUUGAGCAACGAUACGGAAGAUUGAAACCACAUCCAGUUGAAAAGGAAGGAUUUGAAGAGCGAAAAGCUAUCUAUUGGGAACAAAUAUUUCAAGGUCCCCAUUUUAGCGAAAAACAAGGAGUUACAUUCGAAAAUUUAAUCGUCCGAGAUGAAAUCACCAAAGUUGUUGAUGACUCCCAAGUGUUGAUUCAAAAACCACAAGAAGAACCAAAAAAGCAAUCUUCAUAUCGGAAACAAUCCAAUGAUCCUAAAAAGCGUAGCCCAUCGCCUCCAAUCGUUCAAAAACCUUCCCUAAAAAAGAAUAAAAACACCAUAUCACCCGCAAAUCGCGAAAAACGCCGCUCUUUAAGCUCCGUAUCAAGCAUCUCCAGCAGCGAUUUAAGCGAUUAUGAACCAUAUGAGAAGAAAAGCCGUAAUUAUCGGUCGAGAUCACCAUCUCCAGCACCUCGAUCAAGGAAUCGAAGCCCUUAUAGGCGCGGGAGGUAUCAAAGAUCACCUUCUCCGAGGAAAUAUCGCGAAAAAGAACGGAUGUUGCCGUGGCAAAGACCCGAUUAUAUCAAAUCGAAGUCGGAAGUUGCCAUUGAAAGGAAUAAGGCUAAAGCCGAUAAAUUAGACGAGUUUAAAAGACUUGCCGUUGCAAUUGAAAAUGAUUUAGAGAAGACUUUAAAACAUCAUGAGAGAAACCCCGAGAAACAUCCACAAUAUAAUGAGGAGUGGAAAAUAUUUUGGAAUAAAAGAUAUAAAGAGUUACAAAACGAAGGGAAAGAUGCGGCGAAUUACGAUUUUAAACCUGAAUGGAUAGUUUUUUGGAAUAAAAGAAUGACGGAACUCCAUUUAAGCGAUUUAAAAUCGAAAAAAGAUGCUUUACGGAGACGACUUGGUUUACCCGAUGAACCCGCCCCGAUUUGUUUCCGAAUAACGGGGAAGAAAAAAAUUGGGGUUAAAGAUGAUCCGCCGUCAAAACCUAGUCCAAAACCCGCCCCGAUGGCUUCCGAACCAGAUCAGGAUCACGAAGUUAUUAUAAUCGAUGAUAAAGAUGAUGACACAAAAAGUUCAAAACGCUCUCAUAGCCCUUGGGAGAAAGAAAAAAGUCGGGACCGCGAUUUUUAUGAGCGAAGUCGAAGCCGGGAGAAAUACGAUUAUAAAAAAGGUGAUUACAAAAGUGAUCGCAGAUAUGAUAGGAGGGAUCGUAGAGAAAAAUCGCGAGAUCGAGAUGUUUAUCGAUACAAAAAAGAAUUAUCUUGGGACAGAGAGACGGGAAAUUAUCGAAAUUACCCCGAUUCAAUUCCAAAUUGUUACAAACCUCCGGCUAUUAUGCGAGAUGUAACCCGACAACCGGUUUACACCCCACCAAAACAGCAUGAACUCGAACCCGAGGAAGAUUUAGAUAACGGCGAAGUCAACAUCGUUGCCGUAUUAAGAUUAUUAACAGCUCUAGAAGAAAAACUUGGUUCUUUAGGCCCAAAAGUAAUUGACAUGUUAGCCCAAGCUUUAGGAAUGGAAAAAAACGAGGCGAAUUCCUCUGAAACCCUCCUUGAUAACGAUGUGAAUUGUGUACUUUUUGAGACGGUUAAAGAGAAAUUAAAAGGACAAUUAUUAGCUGGACUAGUAGAUUACGCACAAGAAAAGCCCUUUAAAAAUGCAAUUAAAAAAAUCGCCUCCUUAAUCCACUUUGCAAAUGAAAGAAAAAGGGAAAAAAAUAAAAAUCAACCUCCGAAAGUUGAUCCGGUGAAAGUCCCCGGAAUUGGAACUGUUGAUAAAUCGGCGAUUGCUAAACAAAUCGCAACCGCGUUAGUUUCACAAGGAAAAACCGAUGUAACCCAAGAAGAAUUAGAGCAAUUAAUAAACGCUGUUGUUGGGAUGGCCGAAGCUUCGAAAGCUUCUGGGAAACCAAUGACAACAGCAUCCUUCAUCGAAUCAUUAAAACAACCGAAAGAUUUGAUACAAAAAGAACCCCAAAAAUUGGAACCAUUCUCAUCGGAAUUAAAAUCGCAAGUUUCUGGGUUGCAACAACAACCCGAAACAACCUCAUCAAUGGAUGGCUUAUCAGAUUCCGAUUUACAAACUUUAUUACAAAACUUUAAAGAUUUAUCAACCGAGGAACAACACGGAUUAAUAACCUAUUUAAAAAAAUUGGAAUCAAAAGAACCCGAAAGAGUCGAACGAUUAAGACAGUUCGUUAAUUUAGGUCAAAACAGCGACAAAAGUGAAUCAAAACGACCGAUGAGCCCAUUUUCAAGCCGAUUAGGAAGUAUAAAUCCAAUGGUGGAAGAAGACGAUGAGGACGUUGAAGAAGAAAAGGAUGGAAAUGAAGAGAAAAUCGAUAAAAAAGACGAUAAGGACGAGAAAAGUAAUAAAAAUUUAGAGAAAAUCGAUAUCGACUCGGAAGAGGAAUACAGCUUCGAUGAUGUUUUUCAAGUGGCGAAGAUGAAUGUUAAAGAAAAAGAGCUCGAAAAGGAAAAAGAAAGAAAAUUGGCUGAGGAAAAAACGAAAAAGGAAACCCCCAAAUUAGAUUUGUCCGAUGCUAAAGCGUUAAUUGCUAAUAUUAUGGGGAGUAUUAAUAAGAAAGAGACUGAAAGCACGAAUAUAUCGCAAUCGAAUAAAAUUAAUUUACAAAGUCAAAUUAUUCUUCAAAAUUUAAUCCCUCAAGAUCAACCAGUUUCAUCACAAAGUGAAUUUCAACAAUCGUCGUUUCAAAAACCGAUCUUAAAUUUUCGGCCGGAAACUCCAAAUCAACCAAGAAAUCAAAUUUAUAAUCAACCAAGAAAUCCAACUCCGAAUGCGUCUCAACAAAACGUUCAGUAUCCUUUAAAAAAUCCGUACACAAAUUAUCAACAAUAUCCGUCUUAUCAAGGCCAGGUUAAUUAUAAUCCUGGAAUGAAUCCUAAUCCUGGAUUAGCAUCGAAUUCAGCAAUAAAUUCUGGGUUGGGGCAGUUUCAAAAUCAAUUUGGAGGGAGGUUUCCAUUUAACCCUAAUAAUAAUCAUAAUAAUCCGAAUAAUCCUAAUAAUAAUUCAAAAGUGGCCCCAAAUCGUGGCCCAAAUCCGAAUGUCCGAGGGAAUUAUCGUGGUGGAAGAUGGUGAAGGGGCAGUAUUGUUUAUUUUUUGUUUAAUUGAUGUUGAUUACUAAUUUGUAAUGUGAAUUGUACAUAAUAAUGAAUUUCUUUUUCAAUUAUAAAAAUAUAAUGCUUU